CCUAACCUCAAGGACCUUUUAACCUAAUCAUUGAUAAUAGGGAAACGACGCCGCAUUGCUUCAUUCCAACCUCUCUCCACUAGGGUUUGAUUUUCGAAUUUUGAUCCUUCAACAGAGCACUCUGUCUCUCUCGAGCUUGAGCUCAAAUGGAGAAUACUCUUUAACUGAAACGCUUAAUAUAAAAUAAAAUAAUUCAUUAAUGGAAAAUACAGAUUCAGAUGAGCCAGAGACAAAGAGGCCUCACUUGACCUCUUCGCUUUCUAGUACUGUUGAUGUGGCAGUUCUCCAGUGCCAGAACCAAAAGCUAGUUCAGCAAUUGGACCUUCAGAAGCAUGAAUUGCAUGAUCUCGAGUCCAAGAUUCAAGAAUUAAAAGACAGACAGACUUCUUAUGAUGACAUGCUAAUCACUGUGAACCAACUGUGGAAUCAGUUGGUUGAUGAUUUGGUCCUCCUUGGAGUUCGCGCUGGAGCUGGUCAUGAUGCUUUGGAAACCUUGAAUCAUUCUGACUAUUGUGGUGGCUCAAUUCCAUCAUGUCCUGCCGAGGAGAUAUUUCUUUGUAGACUGCUAGGGAUAGAUUCAAUUCCAACCAGCAAUAGAAAUAAUGGGAUUGUGGGAUAUGUUGAGGAAGCACUUUUGUCUCGCCACUCAUCUACUGUGAAGCUGAUGAAAGUUUUGGAGGAUAUGAUUGAUGCUCAGAGGGCAAAAACUGAGAGCAUAGCACAGGCUUUACUUGGAAAGUUAUCCACUGAAGAUGACAUCAUUCAAUUAUCGAGGAUUGAUGACAUGAUGAAAGAGGAAAUUAACAAUAUACAUGAGGUGAUUGAUAUUCUUCAUGCAAAGCAUAAGCAGUAUACUGAUGAGAUACAGAUUUAUAUUAGUAGUCAUUCAAAGGAUCAAUCCGAGAUUAAACACCUUGCAGGUGAGCUAGAAGAGAUCAUGGCUGAACUUGAAGAAAGCAGAAGAAAGCUCGUCAAUUUGAAAAUGCAAAAGGAUGCAGCAAUUGGUGUACAUACUCCAAUUCCAAGUAUAGUAAAUGGAAGCUUGUCACCUGAAAAGCCUACAGAGAAGUCAAAGGGUUUGAGGGAAUUGAAGGAUUCCAUUGAGGAAACAAAGAUAUUGGCAGCUGAUCGUCUUUCUGAGCUUCAAGAAGCACAAGAUGAAAAUCAAAUCUUAUCUAAAGAACUGGAAUAUCUUCAGAAUGAAUUGAAGGAUGACAAAUAUAUACAUUCAUGUCGCCUCUACAACUUGGUAAAUGAUCAGCUUCAGCAUUGGAAUGCUGAUAUACAGCGAUACAAAGCACUGACAGAACCUUUGCAGGCCGACAGGUCUUUUCUUGUGAGAAGGGAGAAGGAAGUCAAUGCAAAAGUUGAGUCAGUAGAUGCUGCUAGAAAUACCAUUGACACUUCCGAAUCUAGAAUUGAGGAGCUUGAACUUCAGCUGCAGAAAUGUAUUAUUGAGAAAAAUGAUCUUGAGGUUAAAAUGGAAGAAGCAAUGCAAGAUUCAGGGAGAAAGGAUAUUAAAGCAGAAUUCCAUGUAAUGGCUGCUGCUUUGUCUAAGGAGAUGAGCAUGAUGGAAGCACAGUUGAAACGGUGGAAGGAGACUGCUCAUGAAGCACUCUCUCUGCGUAAAGAAGCUCAAUCACUAAGAAUCUUGUUAAGCGAAAAGACAAAUGAACAAAAAAGUUUAACCAGCAAAUGUGCUGAACAGAUGCUAGAAAUCAAAUCUCUGCAGACUGUAAUUGAGAAGUUGCAGAAGGACAAACUGGAACUGCAAAUAAUCUUGGACAUGUACGGACAGGAAGGUUAUGAUAGCAGAGAUUUGCUGGAAAUAAGAGAAUCAGAACGUAAGGCUCAGUCACAAGCUGAAGUCCUCAAGAUUGCUUUGGAUGAACAUAGUCUGGAGUUGAGAGUCAAAGCUGCUAAUGAGGCUGAGGCCGCUUGCCAACAAAGGCUUUGCGCUGCAGAAGCUGAGAUAGCUGAAUUAAGGGCCAAACUAGAUGCUUCUGAAAGAGAUGUGUGGGAGCUCACAGAAGCUAUUAAAAGUAAAGAUAGGGAGGCUGAGGCAUAUAUCUCUGAAAUUGAGACCAUUGGUCAAGCAUAUGAAGAUUUGCAAACACAAAACCAACAUCUGUUACAGCAAGUUACCGAAAGGGAUGACUACAACAUCAAGCUUGUUUCUGAGAGUGUGAAAACGAAGCAGGCACAUAGUUCUCUGCUUUCUGAGAAGCAAGCCCUAACAAAGCAACUUCAGCAAGUUAACACAUCAGUAGAAUAUUUAAAAAUAAGAAUCUCCCAGAGUGAGGAGCAGAUGAAAGUUUGUUUGACUGAGGCAAUUAGAUCAACUGAAGAAGACAGACGACUGGCUGUGAACCUUGAAACUGCACGGUGGGAAUUGAUGGAUGCUGAAAAGGAACUGAAGUGGCUUAAAUACGCUGUUGGUUCUUCUGAAAAGGAAUAUGAACAAAUCCAAAAGAAAAUGGAUGAAAUUCGAACUGAGUUACGCGAUGAAAGAAGUGAGAGGGAGAAACUUGACCAAGAGCUCAAGGAGUUGAAUGAUAAAAUUGCUGAGAUGACUUCUGAAAGUGGUGAGGCUGCAAUACAACGACUCCAGGAUGAAAUAAAAGAAUGCAAAAGUAUGCUCAAGUGUAGUGUGUGUUCUGACCGGCCGAAGGAGGUUGUAAUUGUGAAAUGCUAUCAUCUGUUCUGCAAUCCAUGUAUUCAGAGGAAUUUAGAAAUUCGCCAUCGAAAAUGCCCUGGAUGUGGAACUGCAUUUGGUCAGAGUGAUGUUCGCUUUGUUAAGAUAUGAGUGAGCUUUCUCAACUUGUAGUUGUAAGUGGGGUCUAGUAAUCACUUUAGCCUAACCCUUCAAGCAAUGAACCUCAAGUGUCAGGAACAAUCAUAUGCUUUUAGUGAAAUAGAAAUUAGGAUUUUAGCUCUCAUGUAACUUUUCACAAGUUGUGUAAAUAUAGAAAACGAAAACAAAUGCAAGAAAAUAAAAAAAGAAAAGAAAAGAAGGGAAUGAAGUGCUGUUUCCUCAAUAUUUGUAAAUUCCA